AUGAAUCCGUGUCUACAUGGUGGUUGUAGCAUUGCUAACUUUCCUCAGGCUCCAUCCUUGAAGUAUUUGAAAUGUAGCUGCGUAUUACAAUAUACGGGAGAAUAUUGUACAGAACUUGUCGAAGGAGCUGUGGCACGUGAAAUUUUCCGUUUCUCACCAUUUAUUGCGCACAUCUGUUCAACUCUAUGCAUAUUCGUUAUUUUUUUCUGCUGCAAAAAAACAGCAAGUCAGAAGAAGAUAAUCUCGUUAGAAAAUGUUGCUCCAAGACCACCGGAUCUGCCAGACAAUCUAAAGUCCUUAUAUCCGGCAGCUAUGCUUCCAGCUUUCAAAAACGAGGAUUAUAUUGGAGAGAUGGAACUGAAUGUUCAUACAAUUGCUCAGUGUUUAGAGAAGUUACGGAAUGAAAAAUUAUGA